ACUUCCUAAGAUUCCCAGUUCUUUCUCUGCAGCCGGUACUUGAAGACUCCAAGCUUUCCCCUCGGAGGAAAAAAACCCGAAUAUCUAAAUCAGCGUACUCUACGGUCUUCCCUCGUUUCUCCCUCCGCCAGGCACCACCCCCACCCCUUCCAUUGUGUAGUGCGUCUAGCUCGGCUUCCUGCGUGAGACCUUAACCUCACUUGGAGCAGGAGGGAUUACUGAGAAUUUCGGAACCUUGAGUUGCCAUGGAGCUGUACGGAAAGAUGGCCUCUGCCCAAGAUGCCAGGUAUGGCCAGAAAGACUCCUCUGAUCAGAACUUUGACUACAUGUUCAAACUGCUCAUCAUUGGCAAUAGCAGCGUGGGGAAGACAUCUUUUCUCUUCCGUUACGCGGAUGACUCCUUUACAUCUGCAUUCGUCAGCACAGUUGGGAUAGAUUUCAAAGUCAAAACCGUAUUCAAAAAUGAAAAGAGAAUUAAGCUUCAGAUUUGGGACACAGCAGGCCAGGAAAGAUACAGGACUAUCACCACAGCCUAUUAUCGCGGUGCCAUGGGCUUUAUUUUAAUGUAUGACAUCACAAAUGAAGAAUCCUUCAAUGCAGUACAGGACUGGUCAACUCAAAUCAAAACAUACUCAUGGGAUAAUGCCCAGGUUAUCCUGGUUGGGAACAAAUGUGACAUGGAAGAUGAGCGAGUCAUCUCAACCGAGAGGGGCCAACAUUUAGGAGAACAGCUUGGAUUUGAAUUUUUUGAAACAAGUGCCAAGGAUAACAUUAACGUCAAGCAGACAUUUGAGCGCCUUGUGGAUAUCAUCUGUGACAAGAUGUCCGAGAGCCUGGAGACAGAUCCAGCCAUCACUGCCGCAAAGCAGAACACAAGACUCAAGGAGACCCCUCCUCCACCACAGCCCAACUGCGGCUGUUAGUGUCCCCCAUACAGGCAGCUCCAGAGGGGUUGGUUGCUAAAAACAGCAUUUAUAAAUGAUUGAUUAGCCUUCACUUAUACUGCCUAAUAACUAUUUGAGGGAAAUCUUUGAUGUCAGUGGCUCGAACAUGCAUUCAAUUCUGGGGAGAUUCCCUGUGUUAAUAUGUGGCAAAUAUGUGAUCUUAACUUUGUAAGGACUAUCCAUCUAUAAACAUCUGGUAUUUGCAUGUGAUUUGUUAUUUGUCUUCUAGGCUCUUUUUGUUUCAGAUUUCUUAGAUUAAGCUACUGCUGGGACUUCUGAUUAUAAUUUCAUACAACUGACUUUUGUGCCAUGGGUUCAAAUUAUGAGAUUCACUUGUAGGUAUGAUAACCGAGAAUUUGGUUGUGUGCGUGGUAUGGGCUGGGGGUGAUCUUAGGAGACCUUAUUUGCUUUACUCUCAAUUGAAAAAUCCAGUGGAAAUAUUACUCAUGAUUAGGAAGACUGUUGUGAGUCUGGUUGGUUUAUGGUUCAAGUAUCUAUCUUUCAAUGUUAUUAAUAAUUGAGAAGAUCACUGACUAUAAAGAAACAAAAAUAUUGUUUAAGGCCCUUGAAAAUUUCCUAAGAGAUGAAUAUUGACCUGACUGGAACUAGAUAUCAACAGUAGUCUUAGUUUGGAUGUUUAAAAAAGGAAUUCCUAACCCAGGACUGCUCCACCCAACAUUCUAAAUAUUUGAGGGCACUGACAGACUGAAGUAUCUGCUGAAUGUGUUAUAUAUCAAGCAUCUUAAUCCAGAAUGACAAAUGUAGGAUUCCAGGGCCUGAGUUUCCCCCAUGGCAUAUAUCACCACAACUUUCUGGAACCAUCAUCAACCCCUGAAACAGAGGUUAAGUUGAAGCUUGUUAGAGUCUCUCUUCUCACAGGAUGUAGACUUGCUUCCCAAACCACUGCCUUCUGCUCACACCUCCCCAGGUUUUUUAACCUGGUUAGAAGUCAUUUAAGUAGUAUCUCCAUGGUUCUCAGGUUGAAGACAAGCAACUAUCAUCUCUAAUCUUUUUAAAUCCAAGUAUUUAUACUUUUAAGGUAUAUCCCCAUUCUGUAAGCCUUUAUCCACGCUUAAGGGAAUCAGAGACCACUAUUUGGAGCUGAGGAUUACAGAAAUAUCUUAGGAUGCCAUAAGCAAAUUGAGAAGAGAAAGGAAAUCAUUUGAAUACCCAGAUUCUUUCUCCUAAAUUUCUCAAGGACCUUAUACAGUGAACAGCAAACCAAUCCCACCGGUGAGUCUAAAUGAGCAAAAAAGAGAUAUAGCAUCUGUAUCACUAUCCAGCAUUGUUCACAGCUAGGACUUUAAGAAGGCACACAAUGGCAUAUUUGUAAGGACAGUUCCAUUAGGUGAACGUUCCUCUCUUUUGGUGAUCAUGUUAAACAUUGUUUUCUCUUUUUAAAAGUAGAGAAACUUCCCAUAAAAUGCUGAGUGCAAGAUUUUUAAGCCAAGAUAUUGAUAGAGAAAGAUAAAGAGGUCUCUGGAGAAUAAAUAACUGCAAGUCAGGGAAGUAGAUCACAUAUAUUACUAGUAAGUUAGAAGAUGAAAAUUACAGGAGAAAGCAUUUGGGAUCUCUUAAGCAUAUCCACAUUUUUAUUAUGUCUCAUCUUCUUAGCUUAAAAUCUGCUAAUUGGCAGUAAGUUUUCACUUUGGCACUCUGCAGGGUAGGCCUUAGUGAAGACAGGACAUUAAUGCUUUAUUAGAUUUUAAUAGGGCAAACCAGCUUCAAAAAUCAGAGAAAUUAAACUGAAGGGAAGCAAGUGAAAGUGGGGGCCAUCAAAGCAGAUUUGUUUGUAACAGAAGCCUGUUUGCAUGAUAUUGUAAUAUUUCUAUAACCUAGAUUAGGAAAUGGCCAUGUUAAAUAAUACAGUUGUUAAGCUGACUUUUCCAGUUUAACAUGAAGCAAUAGAACCAGGAACACCUUCCCAUCCCCUCUUAGCCCUGACCUCACAUACAUACAUACAGAUGUCAACGACCUAAAUAUACUAAACAGGAUGUUUCAGAUGGCUUCUUCAGAAGGCCCUUGAUAUGUGUAAUACUGUAAAAUGGAAAGCAAAAUCAGAGGGUAGAAAAUUGGAAAGAAAGUUGAGUUUUACCCUCUUGCAAACACUUUUCCCAAAAAGCUAAUUUCUACUGGAAUUAAUUGGCCCUAGAACCAGAAGACCUAACCCAAGUACCCACAUACACAAUGUCAAACCUACCAAAGUUGUGCUACUUGAGGCCAGUCAGGGGAGCUUAACACAACAACUGGGCUAGGUGUCAAUGCCAAGGAACAUUCAGCAAUUUCUAUUUUCCAGACCUCAGUGGAAGCAGGGCCUUCCUAAUUGAUUUGAGAGUCAGUCUGAAGCACUCACCCUGUUUGAAUUUCACCAAGCCAGAAGCUUCCAGAAAGGAUUGUCACAGAGCUCAAUGAAUUGAGCACCAAUGCUCCUGCUAUAUAAACCACAUGGAAAGGGAGAAAAAUCCUCUAUUCCUAAUCUCAUCAAGAGAUCUUGGCUUUAAAAUCAAAUUUGGCAAAAAAAAAAGAACCAGUCCAGGAUUAACUAAGUAAACUUCUUGGCAUCAAGCUAUAUUACUUAUAACACUAUAGUUCCAAGGUUUUUCAGCCUUCUGGCCAUCAUGCACAUGAAUGUAUAUAAACAUACACCUGCAUACAGUACCUCCCAUAUUCUCUCCAUCUGCCAACAGCCUGAAUAACCACAGAUCAUUUUUUACAAAUUGCCUAACUAAAUCUGUAUUCAAAAGCACAAAGACACCUUACAAAAUGUUAGGGUGUAAAUUGUAGACAACCAUCUUUUAGCCUCAAUGCAGUUCAAUUAGUGUUUCAAGUACGGAAGUAUUUGUCUUCCUCUGCCACUCAUCUCAUCACCCCAUCUCUCUGAUUACUUUUUAUAAGCAAACCUUGAUUGUUUUGAGCAGAUAUUCCCAAGAGCUUUGGUUUGGGGAUUUCCUUUCUUUUCUAAAUGGAAAUGAAAAAUUGGACUGUAAAUUAUUUCCUCUACAUGGUCAUUCAUGGAGUGGAUCUGCAUUUCAGCUUUUGGGGAUGUGAGUAGACAUAGAAGGUACAUGGAACUUGAGUCCUGAGACGACAGUUUACGAGUUAGCAUUGUGUGUCCGGGCUCCUAAGAAGAACUGCUUUAAGUCAGUGAAUUCAUUCAUUGUCACUGCCCUCCCGGAACAGCUUCCACUGCCUUGAACUUCUAAUCUCCUCCUUAGGUUCACUUAAAAUCAUUAUCCCCUGCUGCCUAAUAAAUAAGGGCUAAGAUUUUUAUUUGGAAAGGGAACCAUGAUGAUGCCUUUGGCUACAGAGAAAGCUGCAGCAGUGUUACAUUAAAUGCGAACUAUAAAUUCUAUUAAAGUACAACCCCAAUUAUACAAGCCAUCUAUAUUUGCCACAAACAAAUAUCUAUUUCAGCUAUUUAACUCUUACCCAGAUUAAUUAUAGGUCUUUAGUUCAGCACAGUGGUUAUCUUUCAGGAACCAACUUAAAUUUCCAAUUUUAACUAUGUUUAUGCUGACAAUACUUUCAGGGAUGAAAUGUUUUUUUGUUUUUUUAAGUAAAACACAGUCUGCUGUUAACUGAACUUCCAUGAAACAUUAAUUUCAGAGCACGGUAGUUGGUAAUCAGGCCUCACUGUGAUGUGUUUUAUCUGAUGUGCAUCUUCGUGCUUGGCAAGGAUGCGCUAUGCCAUUCUUCAGUCAACCAUGUGGCAUUGGUGGGACUAUAUUGAAAAUGUAGCCAGACUCUCCCAAGCUAGACCAAGGCAGAGGUAGCAGCUGCAUAUGGAAAACUAAUCUAAGUCUUAAAGUCAUAACUAAAACCCUUCCAAGCCAAAAAGUGUUUAAUCAUUUUCAUAUGCUAUUGGAAUGCUCCAUCAGGAAGUUUUGGUGGGGUAUACUUAGGAGGUGGUCUGUCUUUCUACCUGAAGAAACCUGCCUUUAUAAAUGAUAAUGUGCAUGACUGGAAGCUAGAAUUCUUUGAUCCUUUAAGUGUGUACUUACUCAGCGUGCUGUGUCAGGGUGCCGCAUGAGCAACCAGACCUGUGUGGCCUUUCUGAUCACCCCUUGGAAGUGCAGCCUCUCCAGCUCUGCUUGGCUUUGCCUGUUUGAGUAAACUACCUGUGCUUUAGGGGUCUGCCAGUAAAGUGGUGAAAUCUUUCUGAUGAGUUGAACCAUUAGGGUCAGCUUUUUAGAGUCCUUUAUAUUUUAGGUAGUUUUUGGUCAAAGCCAAUCAAAGAUAUAAACCUGUUUUAUAUUCUGAAACAAACUGGGAAAACAUGGAUAAAAAAUGAAGCUUAUAACCAGGAAAAAAAAAAGUAUUGAUUAUCUCUACAGUGCACCUACAGGGUUCCAGAUUUUCCAAAAACACAGUAUCCCCUAGGGGGGCAAAAACACGUCUGGAGAAUUUAUUUUAAAUAUAUCCACCUAUUGUUACUUCAUAAAUAAAUAUUUUUGGUUUCUUAAAAACCUUUACAGGAAUUCUUGACAUGCUAAUCAAAUAUUUCCCUUAAAUGGAUUAAGCUAUUUACAUUUGGGCCUCAAGAGUGUUGCCCCUCCCAGAACAUACACACUCAAACACACUUUUCUAUGAAGGAGAGGUUCCACCUGUGGUGCUUUCUCAGUGCCAGGGAAAAGGAAGCUUUACUAUGCUCCAGCUGGAACUGGCGUUUUCCUUAAAAAGGUCUACAAAAUAGAUUCUUCACACUGACUAGAUUCGUAUGUCUGUGCAUAGACCUAAUUUCCAUUAAAAGGAGAGAAUAGAGAGGAUAUAGUUUGCAAACGUUCUAGGGAAAAGAAAUUAUUGCAAAGUCUCUGUCAGAGUUUGAGUAUUAAAAUCAGACCAUCAAGACAGUGGGCAAAUUGAGCUUUCUAUUUACAGUUCUCUUUACUAGUUCCUGAUUUUUUUAUCAUUUUAAUUUUUUCAAGCACUACCCCCACAGAAUGACAGGACCAAGAACGGGAAAUGAAACUUAAGUUUCACCAUUUACCUCCCAUUGAUAUAUUUACUGUAACUGUAACCAGUCAUCACUUGCUGAAAUGAGGUUGGGGCAUGGGAGGGGGUUACCUGUGUGUUUUGUUCACCUGUGUUCAUACUUUCCUUCAUUGUGGACAACUGAGAGUUGGCUGUGGCUUUCUUUCUUAAUGGAAAUAUUUCCAUGUUUAUGUUGUUUGGCACUAAAGGUUGCUUAGGUUCAUGAACGCUGUUCUUAAAGACGCAGACGGUACGUGAGCCGCAGACACCUGGCCUUUCAGGGACACGAGCGAGCUUUCAUCUUUCUAGUGGUUCCAUACUCCUCAUACAAGUGAAGUCUGGGGGUUGUUUGCUGUCUUGGUAUGAUGGUUUUCCAUGCAUUUUCUCACCAUCCCUAGGAUAUGUGCUGAAUGAAAACUUCCUGUUAAUUCCUGUUAAUAUAUUGUUAAUGUCAGACGUGAUGUGCUACCGUUGACCUGUCCAAAUGUACAACUAUUUAAUGGUGUUCGUGGAACUGAAAUGUCUUAAAUGUUGCAUGAAAUAUGUUGUAAAAAAUAGAUUUGUUUUCUAUUUUUCAACACCUCAGAAUUGAGGGUUCAUGGGCCAAUAAGUGCAAUAUUUAAUGACUUACUCAGUGUAUAUAAACUAGUAUGAAAGAGUGAAUUAUAAUGAAUGUGUGAGAUGCUUUGAUGGCUGUUUGACUUGCUCAAAUUAUUUCUUGUAGCUGUAUUUGUCUAGUGGUGCAAUUUAUACAGUAAAUACCUUAUUGGUGUCAUGUGAAACUCUUCUGUGCCUACUUCAAAGUAUGUUUUAUUCCUAAUUAAGACCAAACAUUUAGUAUCUGCAAAUAUAUGUCAAUUUUGCCUUUUAGAAUUGUGAGUUUUAUUUUCAAGACAGAGUGGCUGUUAGUUUAUUUUAAAUAAGUGUUCCCUUCUUUAGUUACAAAUUCUCCUGAAGCUUUUUUUCUCCCGAAGCCUUUUAUACAAGCUUAAUUUAGAAACCUAAGAAAAAAUAUGCACAUAAGUCAUUUUUAUUUUUCUCUGAAAUGUUGAUCCCAUGUUCUGUCUACUAAGAAUUUUCACUCAUAUUUGUGCGUAUAUUUUGUUAACCCUGUAUUUUGUUUGCAAAAUCCCUGUCAGUCCUGGGAACUCUAAGAUAUUGAUUUCUUUUUAUGUUGUUGUUAUAUUCGCUUUCAAUUCUCAAUUGUCCACACUGAUAAUAUAAGAGAAACAAGUCAAACCCUUAAAUCAUUUUGGUAUAUCAUCAUAAACUCAUAUAUUCAUCGUCAAACCCCCUUGAUUAGUCUCAUAAUUUGUGGUCUACAACUUCACUGAGAUGGAAAAUCAAGAAGUUAGGCCUGGUUGUGGAUUACCAAAAACUGUGUUUAUAAAUAUGAAGUUUCAAGUAGGACAACUAUCUUAAACUCCUAUUUGCCAUUUCAAUUUUUAAGGCAAAGCACUCAUUUUAAUAUUGUGGUUUGCUUUUUCAUUUAGUUAGAGUCAAUCAUAAUACCCUUGGGAAGAAAAGUUAUGUUUUUCACUAAAAAUGACGAAGGGCAGUUGGUUUUAGAUGACCAUGACCCUCAGUACAUCAUAGAAAGCCUUCAGUUCUCUCUAUGACAGUUGCCUGAAAUUGACAUGUGAAGAUGUGCCAAUCACAAAAAAUGGCUUUGGGCCGCCACCAGUGGUAUGUGGCCCUGUUUUACAUGUGAUAGAUAAAAUUUUGUACUCAUCUUUCACACCCACUGACAAAAUAGAGGUGAGUGGAACAGGGAGAUUAGAGAUGACUUUGUGCCAAAUUAAAAAAAAGAAAAUGUAAGCAGGUAGCCAACAUGAGAAUGAUAAUUUAAGGGUGUAUUUAAAUGUUUAGUUAUCAACAGUUACCAAAUAGCACGUGCUCAGUGCUGGGGGAAUCAAACAUGGAAGAGGUAUGGCUCUGGCCCCUAAUAAGUUUACUGACUGAAGCACAAGGAACAAAAUGCCAGAAUAUAAUCUAAAUGCUACAUUAUGUCAGGAUAUAGGGACACAAAGAAUGGGAGACCUAUAAAAACAGGAGGAAUCAAGAAUGACUCCACCGAAGAGGUGAGACAUGACAAGAGAAAGAAUUAGAGGAGACUGUGCCAGGCAAACGAAUGGGGAAGGUCACAGUUUGCUCCCUUAUUGGAAGGGUGAAGAGCUGGCAGCUAGAGAUCUUUGUUUUUCUCCAGAGAACCAGACUGGCCCUCAGAAACCCCACCAACUGCCCCAGUUUGGCUGUGUUUUUGUCCCCCUGAGGAAGAUGAACUGUAGCAUCAUCAUAUUCCUCAGUGCUGCUGAGCAGCCCCAGACUCGUUCCAAAACACAGACUGAUUUGAAGCUCAUUAGAACCACUGAUUUAGACAUUUUGCCCAUGCACCAAACCACAAGACACUGUCGAGGCCAACAUCAACCAGGCAGAUGUGUGCCCAGAGAUUUUUCUGUGGUUCCAUGUUUCCCGUAAAGAGCGUUGGGGAAGUACAUAGAUGAAGACCUUCCUUUGUAACCAGGCACUUUUGGCUCCUCCUCAGUGACUGCACUGUGGAGCUCUUCUUGAGAAAAAAUUGAGUAACAGCUUAAUGCUUUCAUAUAGUGAUUGUGAUUUUAUCUGAAAACUACCGCUGCACAGCAAUUAUUGUGACUCUUCAUGUGUCCACAGGAGCUUUUGUCUGGGUUUAAAGCUAUAAAGUGUAUUCACAUUGUGAAGUUUUAAUUCUCUUUAUUGAAAUUAAUUGUGUAAGAACUGUAUGUGCUCUAUUAGGUAUUAAGUUUGUAUGUGAAUUCUGUAUAGAAAGUGGUUUUUGU